GCUCCCCCCCAUCCCACCCCUUUCCUUUGGUACCAUAUAGCGUGGAAGAGUGAUUAUUGUGUGAUGGGGUAAGACCAGGCUCUCUGAUCCAACCCUCCCAGCUAGAAACUGGCUCUCAGUGGGGUGGCGCGCCCGCGCGUGUGUUGUGUUCUCACGGAGUGAUUGGGAAAGGGGGACGGGGGAGGGGGUCUCAGGGGAGGAAGGGCAGCUCUAAUUGGUUUCUCAAUGAAAGAUAAUCACCUAUUCCCGGGAGAGGCUAGGGAUUAGCACUCUGCCUCUCCUCUCCAUCGCUUUUAGACUUCUCAUCCUCCCCUCGGCGCUUUUAGCCCAUUCAGCAGAAGUGGAUCGAAGAAAGCGGCUCCUCGCGCCACAUUCGGGGCAGCACACUGCUGCGCUCGAGUACUUCGCGCCCCAUUCACUCCCUCGCUCCGCGCUCGCCUCCCCCGGCUGUUGUCCCAGCCGCCGCAGCCGCCCGAGAAAAAGUUUCGCGGAGGGGCUCAGGGAAAAAUGAGCGAGCUGGAGGAAGACUUUGCCAAGAUUCUCAUGCUCAAGGAAGAGAGGAUCAAAGAGCUGGAAAAGCGGCUGUCAGAGAAGGAGGAGGAAAUCCAGGAGCUGAAGAGGAAACUCCACAAAUGCCAGUCGGUGCUGCCGGUGCCCUCGACCCACAUCGGCCCCCGGACCACACGGGCGCAGGGCAUCUCGGCCGAGCCGCAGACGUACAGGUCCUUCCACGACCUCCGACAGGCAUUCCGGAAGUUCACCAAAUCCGAAAGGUCUAAGGAUCUCAUAAAGGAAGCCAUCCUUGACAAUGACUUUAUGAAGAACCUGGAGCUGUCGCAGAUCCAGGAGAUUGUGGAUUGUAUGUACCCGGUGGAGUACGGCAAAGACAGUUGCAUCAUCAAAGAAGGAGAUGUGGGAUCACUGGUGUAUGUCAUGGAAGAUGGUAAGGUUGAAGUUACAAAAGAAGGUGUGAAGCUAUGCACCAUGGGUCCAGGAAAAGUUUUUGGGGAGCUGGCUAUUCUUUACAACUGUACCCGGACAGCGACCGUGAAGACUCUUGUAAAUGUGAAACUCUGGGCCAUUGAUCGACAAUGUUUUCAAACAAUAAUGAUGAGGACAGGACUGAUCAAGCAUACCGAGUAUAUGGAAUUUUUAAAAAGCGUACCAACAUUCCAGAGCCUUCCUGAAGAAAUCCUCAGUAAGCUUGCUGACGUCCUUGAAGAGACCCACUAUGAAAAUGGGGAAUAUAUCAUCAGGCAAGGUGCCAGAGGGGACACCUUCUUUAUCAUCAGCAAAGGAAAGGUAAAUGUCACUCGUGAAGACUCACCGAGUGAAGACCCAGUGUUUCUUAGAACUCUAGGAAAAGGAGAUUGGUUUGGAGAGAAAGCUUUGCAAGGGGAAGAUGUGAGAACAGCAAAUGUAAUUGCUGCAGAAGCUGUAACCUGCCUUGUGAUCGACAGAGACUCUUUUAAGCAUUUGAUCGGAGGACUGGAUGAUGUUUCUAAUAAGGCAUAUGAGGAUGCAGAAGCUAAAGCAAAAUAUGAAGCUGAAGCUGCUUUCUUCGCCAACCUGAAGCUGUCUGAUUUCAACGUCAUUGAUACCCUCGGAGUUGGAGGUUUCGGACGAGUAGAACUGGUCCAGUUGAAAAGUGAAGAAUCCAAAACCUUUGCCAUGAAGAUUCUCAAGAAAUACCACAUUGUGAAUACAAGACAGCAGGAGCACAUCCGCUCGGAGAAGCAGAUCAUGCAGGGGGCCCAUUCCGACUUCAUAGUGAGACUAUACAGAACGUUUAAGGACAGCAAAUAUUUGUAUAUGUUGAUGGAAGUUUGCCUGGGUGGAGAGCUCUGGACCAUUCUCAGGGAUAGAGGUUCAUUUGAAGAUUCUACAACCAGAUUUUACACGGCAUGUGUGGUAGAAGCGUUUGCCUAUCUGCAUUCCAAAGGAAUCAUUUACAGGGACCUCAAGCCAGAAAAUCUCAUCCUAGAUCACCGAGGUUACACCAAACUGGUUGAUUUUGGCUUUGCAAAGAAAAUAGGAUUUGGAAAGAAAACAUGGACUUUUUGUGGGACUCCAGAGUAUGUAGCCCCAGAGAUCAUCCUGAACAAAGGCCAUGACAUUUCAGCCGACUAUUGGUCACUGGGAAUCCUAAUGUAUGAACUUCUGACUGGCAGCCCGCCUUUCUCAGGCCCAGAUCCUAUGAAGACCUAUAACAUCAUACUGAGGGGGAUUGAUAUGAUAGAGUUUCCAAAGAAGAUUGCCAAAAAUGCUGCUAAUUUAAUUAAAAAACUAUGCAGGGACAACCCGUCAGAAAGAUUAGGGAAUUUGAAAAAUGGAGUGAAAGACAUUCAAAAGCACAAGUGGUUUGAGGGCUUUAAUUGGGAAGGCUUAAGAAAAGGCACCUUGACGCCUCCGAUAAUACCAAGUGUUGCAUCACCCACAGACACAAGCAAUUUCGACAGUUUCCCUGAGGACAAUGACGAACCACCACCUGAUGACAACUCAGGAUGGGAUAUAGACUUCUAAUGUAUUUCUCUUACCUGCUUCUGCCUUGCUGAAGACAGCUUUUCCUGAGACUCAGCUGCCAGCAAACCUGAGGGAAAGAGAGAAGAUUCGUGCUCGGGGUCACCAUGAUGCCUUUGAUCGAUGCUGCUCCAGUAACUACAGUGGCAUUAGGACUUAUUGCUUAGAUGACAAUAGUGCUCUUUACAUGUUUUCUGUUUGAACCUAAAAAUAGCAGUUGACAUGGUGGUCCUGAAGCAAAGCCUUUCACCAGUAAAGAGAUGUUUUCUAUUGUUGCAAUGAUGUUGCUUUGCUCCGAUUAUAAUUUGAAAGACUGUAAGAAAUACUUCAAUCUAGUAAAAGAGUCUGUACCUUGCUAGAAUGAUCAAGAAGAUCAAAAAAUAAUAUAUUGGGUACGACAGAUUACUAUGGUACAAAAACUGGGCUCUUCCCUUUCUUCAAGUGAGGGUUGUAGGAUCGAUGACUGCAAGCCGGUGUAUAUACCGUAAAAAGAGGACCACACAUCUGUUGGUCACAGAGUUCAUGUCAAACCAGUGCUAGACGUUUCAUGAUUUUAUUUCCCAGCAGUGCUGAUGACGAGACUGAAUGUUACCUUUCCUUUCUGACAGAUUUUAAAAAUUGAUACGUUAAAAGCACAACUGCUAUAGGGGUUCUGCUGCGAACUCUCAUAGCAGGGACAUAUGCGUUUUCACAGAGGAUUGAAAAAAAUGACAUGCAUGAUAUUUGUUUGUUUCUUUUUGAUAAAUUGGCAUGACAGAGUGGGAAAAUAAGCAAUUCACAAACCAUUUCAUAUUUUUAAAAAUAUUGUGCUUAAAGAUGGUCCUGGAAAUAAAUGACUAGCAGCCAAUUGGUUUUUAUUUAUUAACUAACACGCCCUCAAACUGAGGCUUAAAAUAUUCCCUUUUAUAAAAAUAAACCCUUGGGGUGGGCGGUGGGGCGGGGUGGAGAGGGGUUAAGAUCCAUCCAAAAAACAACAAACUCUAUAGGUGCUAUGUAUAUCUUUCAUCUGUAAAUGUCAGUGUCUGAACAGACAACACAAAUUCUAACCAUUACAUGUGUAGCCAGAGACUGAAGCAUUUUCACUAAAUUUAUCAAAGCAACUCCUGUCAGAUUUCACUUACAACAUCGUCUAGGGUUAAGGGAGAAAGGAGAUUAAAAACCUAUUUGAACUAGCUUCUUGUCUUAGGCCUGAACCAAAAAUCAAAAACAAAAACAAAAAAAAAGAGAAAAAAUGAAAGCACAAAAUCAUUAGGAUAUUAAGAUUCAUCAGAUGAGAAACCUUAUUUAUGUGAGGUCAGGAAACAAGACAAGAACCUGGCCAGGUGUUGAUUGCUUUUUCGUGAAUGAUAUGAGUCCACAUGCAUGUGAAAAUAACAAGGGAGUAGAGAGGAAAACAGGAUUCUGAUUUCUUAAGAAUAAACUUUUGCUAAGUAGAACAGAAAUACUACAAUCCUGAAACAUCAUGCUAUCUAGCAAAGACUAGAUUUGAAAAUGUCAAACUGAUUUGCUUUUUUCACGUGGCAAAAACGAUCAGCAAUUUAAACUGAGUUCUUUGUUGACAGGCCAGUUGACUAUUAUUAGCUGUCAUAAGUAACAGAGCCAUUUGAUAGCUUUUCCUGGACAAAUAGCAUUAUACCUACUUAGACAAAUGCAUAACCUUACGAGUUGUCAUCCUGAUUUGGAACUGUGUGAAUUUGGUAUAUUAAAUAGAGAUUUGCUUUUUUCUAGUAAAGAGUCUUCUAAAAAGUCAAAUGUAAACAUUUCUGCAAAAAAAUGUCCACCUAGAACAUUAUACUGUAUCCAGGAAGGCACAUAUUAUGAUUUUUGUUUGAAUGUUUCAUACUAUUUUAGAAUAUAUCUUAUUAAAAUAUAAUAAUCUAAGAAACAUUGGGAGAACAAAAUUACUAAGCACAUAGUAUAUAUAAUUAGAAUAAAGUUAAAUUAAACCUUCGAUCCUAAGAUGUUUCAGUUAUUCUUGUGUUAUUGGAAUUUUCCCUCCCUUACAAACAAUUUCUCAAAAUCAGUCUAUUCCCCAAGAUAUCCAGUUUCUUCUGCAGAUUUUAGAAUAUGAAAUUAAACAUUUCAACCUAAAAUCCAGCUAUGAAUGCUAUUCAGAUGUUUUAUAUUGCUCUUAAUUGGGAUUUAAAAAUAUAUAAAUUCAACACUAUAGUCAAUGUUCAAUGAUUUUUGUUAAAAGAUAGAAUGGUGUAGGAAUGCUAAAGAUUUUCUAGAAUAUUAAAUUUAGCUAGUCAUUAAGGCAGAGAAUCUGCUCCUGCAACUUUGCAAAUAUCUCAAUAACCUCAGAGAUCAGCACUUACUGUGGAUUUUGGAAUUAUGGUUCAAGUCUAAGACAACCACAGGUACAAGUUCUAAGGAGAAUGAAGAAGUAGCAUUCAGCACAAUGUCACUGUAGGCUGUUUCUCCCACUUGUUACUGCAUCUUUGUUCAUUUCACCUGUGACAUUACAUUAGGAUGUCUAAAGCAAUCACCAAAAAAUAAAGGUGAACUACAUCUUCCAAGAAUUACUAACAGAAAACAUUCAUCUAAUUUUCAACAUUGAAUUUUAAGGAUUUAAAUCUUGUCUUAAUGAAGACACUAGGGCUAAAAUUCAUGGUCAGCUUCAUAAAGUGCAUCUCACUUUAUUUCUGAGUUUUUCAUGCCCCCUCUAUUUUUUUUUACACUAAAGGACAUCUGGGUAAGUUAGAAUAGUGCCAACUUGUUUGAUUUGUUAACUGACUUUCUUGUUAAUAUUUUGAGUAUGGGAAAUAAGGGCUUUCUGUGUGUCUCGACUCACAGGAAAACUGAAAACUGCCAAGAAAAGAAACAUCAUAAUAUUUGAGAUAGAUUAAAUACAUUAGAGAAAAUGAUUUCUGGAAAAUUGCUAUAGGUGAUUUUUGAGUUUGUACCUUCUUUGUUGUUAAUAUAUGAAUCAGAUCCAUGUGACAUUUCAAAUAAACUUAUUUUGAUUAUAUUCUUUAUAAGUCAUAAUUUUUUCUUAAAAUUAUGGGAUAUGCAUGUGAAUCACACAUGUAUAAUAUAAAUUCAACUAUUGAAUUUUUCUUGUUUCAUGUCUAAAGGACUGAACUGAUGGUGAAUUUAAAUUUAAAGAAGUCAGCUACCAUGUUGAAAAUAAGGAUAUUAGAACUGAUUUCAUACAGUAGAGGUGAUCUGUGCAUUAUCCAUAACAACAUUUUCUUUCACAAUAGGACCACAGACAAAUAUUUAUGUAAAUAGAUAUUUUUGUGUGAUAUUUUGUGGUACUUAUAACUUUUUUUAGUGUUUCACAGCAUUAUUAUUUCAUUUUAUUUGUAUUGAAUAAUGUUUUUAGGUCCAAGUAGACUUGAAUUAAUGUCAUAAUUGUCAGUAUUAUUGAAAUUAUGUCAACUGUACUGUUUUUCAUCUGUCCCAUAGUUUAGAACAUGACCCGGCUAUCUGGCAUUGUUGCAAGUGCCUUAAAUUCAUGGCAUCCUAUUAAAAAACAAAUUUGGUGUUAUGCUGCAUGACAAAGACAAACACACCUCAAAAUGUUGUCCUUUCUUAGCUUGCUGCGUUUUACAGUUCUUUCUGCUAACAAUUUAUAAGCCUUUAUUAUAUAAUAUUGAUGAAUUACAGAAAUGAUGAAGUUGUUCUCUUAUUUCUGUUAAAUGUACCAGAGCUGUGUAUCUGUUAAUGAGAUACAGCGUCAUUUCUGUGAAAUGUAUAAAUGUACGUGCAGGUCAAAUUAAUAUAUGACAUACUAUCAGUCUGUAUACAGGUAUUCCUGUUUUGCUAAGCUGUGCAGAUUCAGUUUAAAUAUUAGUGCAGUCAAGUUCUAACAUAUCUCAUUUUAUUGACUCCAUUAACAAUGGUCCAACUGAAAAGAAAAAUUGGAAAGUGACUGCUAACUACACCUUGUUAUGAAACCAAUGAUGAAAAAGAAUCUUGGUGCAGCACUCAACAAAACAGGAUGCUUUCUCUGAGUUCUUGUAUAUGCAAAUCAUGGAUGAGGCAAAUUUUCAACAGACCUAGAAAGCUAAAGAUUGAAAGUGUGUUGUUAGUCCUCUUCUCUAUCUGCCCCUGCGUCAACAGAGCUCUGGGACCUUGACGAUGACUCAGAGGUUUGGGCUUUCUGAGUAAAGGGACAUUUCUUUAAGCAUCAUCUAUCAAAUUUAUUUCAAUGUAUGAUGUUUUUACCAUUGGUCCGUUCUUUUGUAUUCUUACAGCUAUGGUUAUUUGAUUGUCCUCUUACAAUUUGUUCUACAUGAAAGAGUCCUUUGUUAGUCAGAAUGCAACAACUGUCAUCAAAUGGUCAUUGACCACUUGCACUCUUUUGAUGUAGAUUAAAAACUUUUUCAUAAACUUAA